UCUCGAGAUCCCCACUCCACUCUCCUCAUAUACACUCUACUGCACCUCUCUACUGAGCACCACACCCAGCCAGUGAGAGGAGCUUGCACACAACACAUCUUUGCACGCCACUGCUUACCUAGAGAAAGAGAAAGCUGAGCUGGUUCUGAUCCGAUCGUACCGUAGCAUCAUGGGGAGAGAAGAAGAAGAAGCCUUCUUCAUCGACGACGAGGAGGAGAGCUCGCAGUGCAGCAGCGGGUGCCAGUCCGGCUGGACCCUCUACCUGGACCACUCCGGCUCAGGCCAGCAGCAGCAAUGCUGCGCGCUGCCUCGCCAUCCCGCCGACGUCCGGCGGCAGAUGUUGCUGCAGGAGGAGUAUAGCUCCGACGAGGAGGACUCCAUGGUCUCCGACGCCUCCUCCGGCCCGGCGCACUACGUGCGCGACGACAAAGAAGAGCUGCUGCAAGUUCAAGGGCAGAUCAGCAAGCAACGUCGGUCGUCCUUCGGCGUCGACCCCUCUGGUUCCCGCUCCUUGCUCCCCGCUCGGUCUCAUAGUUCGGGCGAGGCGAAGCUCAGAAAGAAGCGGAGGACUGCCCUGCAAGGGGCGGAUGAGGCGGCGAUUCGCUGCCAUGUGGACGUCGAUGACGACGACGAUCUCGACGACACGGCGAGCUCGUCUGCCAUCGUCGCGUCGGCCCACAUAGUGGAAGCGAUGCGCCAACAGCAACCAAGCUGUGGUUUCAUGGCCGAGCAUUGUUCUUCCCUGGAUCUGGAGUGGCCAGCUGGGCUUGAACUUUGAAGCACUGCUAAUGCAGGGUUUGGCGAUGCCGUGAUGCAGCAUUGCUGCACCAUUCCAUAAUUGACGAAUUAACUAGCUGUAGCUAGCAAUGAGACAAGGCCUUGUAUUUUCGGUCCACCUGUAUAACCAGAUCGGUCAAAAUCGUACGUGCGCGGCCGGUGCGCCUAGCUUGUUUGUUUCAUGUUUGUACGAAGAAGGGAAUUCUUCGGUCGAAACAUGACUUGAGCAAUCCGUUCGUUCUUUCCUUA